AUGACUCAAACAGAAAUCGACCAAGCUGAACUUACUGAAGAAGGAUCACAUCCACAAAAUAUCAACGCUGAUGCUGAAGUUGAAGCAGAAGAAGACGAAGAUAUUUUGAAUGGACCAUUAUUGAUUGAACAAUUGGAAGGAAAUGGGAUUAAUGCCUCUGAUAUCAAAAAAUUAAAAGCUGAAGGUUUCCAUACUAUUGAAAGUAUUGCCUAUACUCCCAAAAGACAUCUUAUGACAGUUAAAGGAAUCAGUGAAAAUAAAGCUGAGAAAAUAUCAGCUGAAGCUGCAAAAUUAGUUCCCUUGGGUUUCACCACAGCCAGUGAAUUUCAUUCGCGUCGUUCUGAAUUAAUUUGUUUAACCACUGGUUCAAAGCAAUUGGACACUUUAUUGGGAGGUGGUAUAGAAACAGGUAGUAUCACUGAAGUGUUUGGUGAAUUUAGAACUGGUAAAUCACAAUUGUGUCACACGUUAGCCGUUACGUGUCAGUUACCAAUCGAUAUGGGUGGUGGUGAAGGGAAAUGUCUUUAUAUUGAUACCGAAGGUACAUUCCGACCAAAUAGAUUGGUAUCCAUUGCUCAAAGAUAUGGAUUAAAUCCUAAUGAUUGUUUGGAUAAUGUAGCUUAUGCCCGUGCUUAUAAUGCUGAACAUCAAUUAAAUUUAUUAAAUAUUGCUUCUCAAAUGAUGGCCGAAUCACGAUUCUCUUUAUUGAUUGUUGAUAGUAUUAUGUCCUUGUACCGUACUGAUUAUGCUGGUAGAGGUGAAUUGAGUGCAAGACAAACUCAUGUUGCCAGAUUCAUGAGAACUUUACAACGUUUGGCCGAUGAAUUUGGUAUUGCUGUAAUUAUCACCAAUCAAGUUGUUGCCCAAGUUGAUGGUAUGUCUGGUAUGUUUAAUCCUGAUCCUAAAAAACCAAUUGGAGGCAAUAUCAUUGCCCAUGCAUCAACAACUAGAUUAUCAUUUAAAAAGGGAAGAGGUGAAACAAGAAUUUGCAAGAUCUAUGAUAGUCCCUGUUUACCUGAAAGUGAAUGUGUUUUUGCCAUCUAUGAAGACGGUAUUGGUGAUCCAAAAGUAGAAGAUGAUGAGUAG